GCUCCUCCUGUAAGAGGGAAGAGGAGAAGGCGUCAGAUCCAUGUCCAUUGGCGCAUGAUGGACGUGACUGAUGAGUUCUUUCGCGUCGUGAAGAGGCUCCGGCCCGGCCUGAGGGUGGCACCGCUGCAGCCGAACGAGUCGCCAUUCGCCGCCAUGUCCAUGCAAAUCGUCAGUGAGCCGACACACACACACAGAGUCGCACACACACACCAGCAUGACCAAUGGGAGACCGCUUCAAUGCUUGUGUGUUUGUGGUGUGGUGCAGAUGUCGAACCUGGUUCGUGCAGAGCGUCUGUUGGGCAACAUGAGCGCCGCUGGCGGAAACGAUGCAGCCACAGACCCAUCAGGCACCACUGCCGUGUAUGUCUGUCUGCACACACACAGACAGACAGACAAUGGAUGCCGUGUGUGUGUGUGUGUAUGUGUGAUUCUCUGAGUAGAGGCGUGAUCCGGAUGUGCAAAGAGGACAUCCAGACGCUCGAGAGCGUGGUGGACGUCCACACCCACACCCACGCCGACGCGUCUUCUGCGGCGUCGCUGUCCGCCCACCGUCAUGGAGUGGUGUCGUGCCUUUACGACUACCUGCAGACACUCGCACAGAGGCUGCAGCAGCUGGAGGUCAACAGAAUGCAGCAGCAGCUGGAGGUCAAGCGGUGAGAAAUGGGGGCCCAGGUGGUGGGGGAGGGGGUGAUGGGAUGGAAUAGGACAAUGAACUGGGUUUGUGGCUGGUCGUGUGUGUGGGUGUAGGUAUUUCUCCGGGCCUGGGUAUCGCGGCGGGCCGGUGAGGGUCAAGAACAACGCGCAUAUGCCGGUUGAGAGUACGCGAGCAAUCCCACCCAACACAAAUCCAUCCAUCCAUCAAUAGCCUCUCUCUCUCUCUCUGUGUCUGUGUGUGUGUGUGUGUGUGUAGGGAGCGACGCCUUGUCGUAUGCGCCGGCUGCGUGGGGGGAGUCCACCUCUCUCGCUGUGGAUGAGGCCACGCAGCAGCAGCUGUCGGCUCAGACGCAGCAGCUGCUCAACAUGUACAACACCGACCUUGACGCACUCAGGUGAGCGGUGUUUGCACCAACGAAGAGGUGCUGGAGGGUGUGUGUGUGUGUGUGUGUCAGGGAUGCGCAGAGCAAGGUGUCGGAGAUCUCUCAGCUGAUGGGCUUCUUCGCCACCAAAGUCGCUGAGCAAAACGAGCUGUGCGAACAGAGUGAGUACGGCAGUGGACGUCAUGGGCGGGCGGAAUGACACCAUUCAUUCAUCUGUCUGUCUGCGUGUGGUCAGUUGCCAGCAUGGCUGGCGAGAGUGUGGAGCUGAUGGGCAAGGCCGGCAGACACCUUUCCAAAGCCAUCCAGAGAUCCAACUCGUAUGAAGGAAGUUUUCUCACAUAACAGUGGGCUGCGCCAUACGCGUGGAUGUGUGUGUGUGUGUGUGUGUGUGCAGGUAUCGGUUCUACUGCGUGAUGUUCUUCAUUGUGGCCUCGGUGAUCUUGUUGGUUCUAGACUGGAUCAAGUCGUAGAGAGCAGUGCUGCCAGCCAGCCAUCGGCAGCUGCGUGUACAGGUCUGUCUGUGUGUCGGUCUGUCUGUCUGUCGGCUCUGAGUGUGUGUGUGAGAGAGAGAGAGCGAGCGAGGCAGUGAGACCUCACACACGAGAGUGACUGUCAUGAUUGAAAUCAGC